GCCAGCAGGGGGUGGCAAGAGGAGCAAUGUCGAAGGAUUUGGAGCCUGAUUUUUACCUAAAGUGGAGACACUGUGAGACGCCCGGCGUUAAGACUUUAUGCAACUUGCGGAAGCUUCUAAAUCAACUCCAGAGACACCACAAAGAAGACAUUUACCUCUACACCUCAGGACACCUGAACCCCAACAAGCUCUACAAGCCUCCCGAGAUCAUACUCCAACACUGGCGCAAUGCCGGGCCACAGGAGGAAGCCACAACCCUGGACAGCAGGCCAUACAGCAGGAUGACAGCAGACAUGAAAGACGCUUGGGCUUACUUUGCCGUCAACACAGCCCUGCUUCCCAACGACGCCCAGGACUCUGAGCUGUUCAUGUACCUGAACCCGCUGGCGAGCCCUUCCCAGCCAUCCCUGGAGGAUGUCUCUUCAAAGAAAGUUCUGCACAAAGAGGAAGGGGAGGAAGAGAAAAGGACCGAAAGUCCAGUGGAAGGACGCAGGAGGGAAGAGCUCAGCCUGCCCGAGAUGAAGGUACUUAAGUACUCAAAGGCGGCGUCCAGCCGCCACUGUGCCACGUCUCCGCCGGGCAGGGAUGUGUACCAGUACAUCAGCUCCUACUUAGCUGGAGUAACCAAAACGGACAAGUAUAAGAAGUUCUUGAGUUUUCAGAAAGAUGUCCUGGCAAAGCAAGACCUCCUGAAGAGUGAUUUCACAGGGAGCAAGGUGGCAGCCGGACAUGAGAGGAAGCUGGAACAGGAGCUCCAGAAGGUGUGCACAUGCGACCCCCAACAGUUUAACAAGCUGCAGAUCUUAGGAGACAUCUUUGAAGACAUUUGCAAUAGCUCUCUGAUCUUUGGUGACCUCCUGAGAGAAGUUAAGGACCACUAUGAACUCUACAUGGACAUUCUCCUGGACGCCUAUCCCACAGAGCAGUUCAAGACAUUCUUGGCUGAAGUCAAAGGGCUGGCGAAGAGCCCUGUGAAUAGAGGUGACGUUGGCCGUGCCAGGGAGAGGCUUCAGAAGCUGGAGAAGGCCACCAGGGCUGCUCUGCAGCGCAACGAGCGACUCAGAAAUGAAUUGGAGACAGAGCGCCUGUUGCUAAAAUCUGCUAAAGAGAAAUCAGAAUCGUUUAGGAGGAACGUGAUGGAUGAGGAGCAACUUACUCUCACAGAGAAGGUGGCAAAGAAGAGAUGUGAGAUACUCGAUAAGUGGAAGGAAAUUAAAGCUCUUGAGAAGCACAUUAAAGAGAACUUUGUGCAUUCCAGAAUUUCAGACCUCACGGAGAAUAGGCGGAAGAGCAUUGAGAAUGAUGCUAUAAAGUUGGAGACAGCAAACCGAAUUUUGAAUAAGAAAAUAAAUGUUGUUGAAAACCAGGUGAGUCAGACCAUGGAAAAGAGUAGAAUGACCAAGGAGGAGAAGAGGAGUUUUUGGCAAUUUGUUAAGAAAUUUACACAAUUCGAGGAAAUAGAGGACUCUCAGACAACUGGAAAAUGAUCUACAACGUUAUGAUUUCCAAAUGCAUCACCUGGAUAUUUGUUGAACUAUAUAAGCUGAUUUUAUAAAUGGUUGUCCUAAUAAAAUUAACAUGU